AUGAGAUGCUAACACGAACUUGAUUAUUCUAUUAUAAAUUAUCCACUGUUUGCAUUUAAUGUUAGAGAUUGCAAUAGAAUUGAAAUAUGGCGUAGUCAACAUGAAAUUCUAUGUAUAGAGCGACCAAGGACGUUCGAAGCUCUAUCUUGGGAUUCUUGGGUAUCAUGGGGUAUCACUACCUUGAAGUUUGCUGUAUGCCGUAACAACAGUUGAAAACGUGAUGUAAGGGAUGUUUUCGUAACCUAUAUUCUUUUAUUGUUAUUUAGUAAAUUAUUUUUUACUAUUGAAACUGCAAACAAAAUUGUUUAUACAAUGACACUUAUAAAGGAGGGAAGUAAAGAAGAAACAGUUGAAAAUAAGAGUGAUGAACAGAUCAAACAAUCCGAUCUUUAUCCAGAAAGGAGACAGAAACCUCGUAGUUGGCUUAACAGAGUGUUUUACGUAAAAGAACGAGAAGAACUAACGAAGCUUAAAUGUGAAGCAAAUGUUUAUAACUGCAUAAAAGAGAGUGCUCUCGUUAAACUUAUGAUGGCAGCACUAAAGAGUGCAGGAUGUGAAAUUGACAUUCGUCGUCACAUUUCAUGUGAAGUAUGUGAUCUAUCAGUAACUGGUGGAUAUGACCCAGAACUAAAUCAGAUUGUAAUUUGUCAAAAUAAUGUAUCUAAAUCAGUUGUUCAAGGUGUUCUAAGUCAUGAAAUGAUCCACAUGUUUGAUUUUUGUCGUAAUAAUUUGGAUUUAAAUAAUAUAGACCACUUAGCUUGUACAGAAAUAAGAGCAGCAAAUCUGUGUCAUUGUAGUUUUAUGAGUGCUUGGAUACAAGGACUUGCUUCACCUUUCAAUAUUAAAGAAGCGCAUCAGAAUUGUGUAAAAGACAAAGCUAUAAAAUCAAUACUUGCUGUACGAAACGUCUCGGAGGAUAAGGCACGCGAAGCAGUGCAGCGUGUUUUUCAUAGAUGUUAUAAUGAUUUAGAACCUGUUGGAAGACGAAUUCGUAGAAAUUCACUUGAUAUGGAUAAAGCGUAUUUGGAAGGACCAUUAUACGGAUAUUCAAAUUAAAAUAAUUUUUAAAAAUA